UUUUCACUCCAUUCUCAGUGAGCUCAGUAAUCUCAGCGAGCUCAGUAAACUCAGAUCAGUGGUAUCAGGAGGUUAUCACCAUGUUACCGAUGAGCUCGCUCUGCAGGGGCGUGCGCCUCUUGGCCCAGCAGCAUGUGGCGGCUCUGGAGUGCUGCUCGGUGCUGUGUACGCGUGCAUCCUCAUCCUCGUGCUCAUCCUCACUGCAUGUGCCCCCUCCUGCCUGCAUGCUGCGGCCGCUCGAGGUGCCUUACCGCUACCUGUUUGGACCCGGACCGUCUAACGUGUCGCCCCGCGUGCUGGCCGCUGGAGGGAGACCCAUCAUCGGUCACCUGCAUCCGGAAAUGUACGAGAUUAUGAAUGACAUCAAGGAGGGGAUCCGCUACGCCUUUCAGACCAGCAACCUCAUGACGCUGGCGAUGAGCGGCUCGGGUCACACGGCCAUGGAGUGCGCAGUGUUUAACAUCGUGGAACCGGGAGAGAGCGUGCUGGUGGCCAUUAACGGCGUGUGGGGAGAACGCGUGGCUGAAAUCGCACACAGAAUGGGUGCCAAAGUUCACACUCUGGUAAAAGCUCCUGGUGGUUAUUUCACAAAUGAAGAAGUCGAAAAGGAGAUUUCCAAACACAAACCCGUUCUGUUCUUCCUCGCACACGGAGAAUCCUCGGCUGGUCUCGCUCACCCUGUAGACGGCAUCGGAGACAUCUGCCGCAAGUAUAACUGCUUGUUCUUGGUGGAUUCAGUGGCGUCUCUGGGAGCUUCACCUCUUCUCAUGGACAAACAGAAAAUCGAUAUUCUGUACACGGGCUCACAGAAAGCUUUAAACGCUCCUCCAGGCACAGCACCUAUUUCAUUCAACGACAGAGCAUGUCAGAAGAUGUUCAACAGGAAGACGAAGCCCGUGUCCUACCUGCUGGACAUGACUCACCUGUCCAACUACUGGGGUAACGACGGUAAACCUGACCGAAUGUAUCAUCACACCGGCCCCGUGUCCGGAUUCUUCACCCUGAGAGAGAGUCUCGCCAUCCUCACAGAGAAGGGCCUGGAGAACUCGUGGAGACAGCACAGAGAGGUAGCAGAGUAUCUGUGGAAGGGUUUAGAAGAUCUCGGCCUUAAACUCUUCAUCAAGGACAAGGAUUUGAGGCUGCCGUCAGUCACCACCAUCGCCAUCCCUGAAGGAUACAACUGGAAGGAGCUUCUAGCGUACAUGAUGAAACACCACCAGAUGGAGAUGACGGGAGGCCUGGGGCCAUCCAUUGGCAUGGUGAUGCGACUGGGGCUGAUGGGCUACAACUGCAGCACGUUUAACGCUGAUAAAGCUCUGGCAGCUCUGGCCGACGCCCUGAAACACUGCAAAAAACACAAGGCCUAAAGAGAGACACAUGGCAACACCGGACUCCUCACUCGACUACAGGACCACUGUAUAGACGGCAAAGACACCACAGAAGACUUAAGAUGUUAAGAUGAUGUUUAAAAUGUACAGUAAACUAAAAAAAGUUCUCUUUUAUUUUUCUUCUGCCAAGCGUUUUUCUCCAAAAUGACCAAUCCAAGCACUCGAGUCCACACUCAGCCCGAUCCUGGGCUUGUUUGGGGGCGGGGCUUAGAAUCUCAGGUUUGUGUUCAUAUAGAAGAAUUCCUUCAGAACCAUGGAUCACGUUUGUACAAGCAGGUUUGCUUUUUUUCAUUAUUUUCCUUUGGCCCCAACACGCGAGUGAAGAAGAACAGAGGUUUUUGGAUGCACAGCAUGUCAUCGUGCAGGAUUACCUACAAAUGUGGGGUUUUUUCUCGCAUCACAAAGUAACCGGACAUUUAAACUUCCUGCGCCUGGGCUGAGGAGACAAACCCUUCAUUUUUAUUCAGGCUUAUUCUCACUGUUAUAACAGCUCUAAUAAUUUACAAACACACAAAAUACUGAUGCACUAAAUAAAUUUGUCUGACUUGGCUAAACAGUGUAGCUAAUUAGGCAUCACUUUAAUCUCCAAAUCUGUAUUUCUUUUAGAGUCAUUACACUUUUUUGCAUUAGAUCAUUAGUCUUUUCCUUCUCAACAGAAGUAUCUGUGCUGCGAUUUAGGACUAAACUCCGCUACGUUCGUGACUCUGAGCAGAUGGGGCGGAGUGAAGGGUCACUGGAGGCGUGUCUAUAGCAUGACUGACAUGAGAGGUGUAAACAGGAAGUCUAGCAUGGUUUCAGGAGAUUUUAUCAAGCGUAUGAUACACUUGCUUUGAAACAAUUAUGUUUAAACCAAGUUCUCCAGAAUUUUCUGGUAUUCAGAAGCAACGACUUUCUAAAGGUGACAUGGUAAAUUUGUGAGAGUUAAAAUCGCCUGCUUUGCUUAAUAUUCCUAAAUAAAUUUCUUAUAUAAAAAAAAAAUGAUGAUGUACUGUAAAAUGCUCCCACAGUGCUCCAUGGUGGCAUCCCUGGGAUUUUCAUUAUAAUCCAAAGAUUGUACUUUAGAAGAUUGAUUUUAUAACCUAGAGAACAAGUCAUGUGUUCACAGUCUCACUUUAUUCACUUCGUAACACAAGAAAAAUCUUCUAAACAGCUGUGAGACUGAAAAAACGCUGAAAAGGAGCUUUAUAUGAGUGACACUGAUCCUAAAUCAGACUUAAGCAUUUUAACUACGCAACAAACAAACAAAUAAAAACAGAGGACUUCAAUCCAGCUAUAAACCAAACCCUCUAACACAUCUACCUACAUCAGGUCACGACUGUAAACCUUCCAAAUAAAUGUAAAACACUGACUGAACGUUUGUGUAUAAAGGAGAGAUGCGUCAGAAUUUGUCCUGAACGGCUUUGUGGAAGCGUGCGUUUACUUUCUCCACGCGGAUCCAGAUGUGGAGGCUGAUCAGGAAGUACAGCUGCAGGUCCUGCAUCCACACCAGGGUCAUCCUCAGCCUGCCGUCGCUGUCGUCGUACCUCAGCGCAAACUGCUCGCCGUCGUAGCUUUCACACACGUGGGAGUGGUUGAGGAUGAGAGCGGCGGACGAGCUGAUGCACCACACCGGCCUCUGAGCCUCGUCCAGCACCGACACCGUCAUCACGCAGCAGUUCUGCUCACAAAACAACGUGAGGUGUUAAAGAUAAUCUGACGUUUAUUCACGCAACCCGGUGAGGAAAGCAAAAAAACACACAGGCGUUAAUCUGUUUCAGAUAUGAAAUGCAUUUCAAACACAGCUUCAUUCCACACACUAAAAUGCUUUUCAUAUAACAUACUGUCCAGACAACAACUUUAAAAUCUUUAAAUAUGACCAAACAGCACCUAAAAUACAUUAAAGCUGCAGUAAGUUACUUCUGGAGACCUCUUAGGCAGAAAUGUUGCUACACGCAGCUCUUUGUAAAGCUCAUCCUUUCCUGAUGACUGCAAACAGAAAUACACUUUACACCACAGCGCUGCUGAAUUCUGGAUUCUGAUUGGUCAGAAGGUGUUGAUUAAUUCUCUCUAACAGCAGCUCUGACAGUAGUGCAGCUGAAAAUCACAGGUUUAUAUUAAUGCGUUUGUUCUGAUACGUUAUCGUUUCUAUAGCAACAGCUCAUUCACAGAGACAUGUACAGCAAAUGGUCCACGUAAACAGAUCAUCACACAGAGUGUUUUUUUGUUUUAUAAGUGUUUUAUAAGUGAGCAGUGUGUUAUUUUGAAUAAACUGGAUGUCAUUCUGUACAAGACGGCUAAAAUACAGUGCUGUGGAAAAGAAAUGCUGUAGAGCAAAGACGCCUUCGAAAAUAAUGAAAUUAAAUGUUUCUACAUUAAAAAAAUCCUAUAAAGAGCAGUAAACAGUAAUAAAUGAAGCAAAGUCAGUAUUUAAUGUGACGAUCCUUCACUUU